AUGGGGGAGGUGGCGGAGGCUCUGGUGGAGGAAGUUAUGGAGGUGGUGGAAGUUCUGGAGGUAGUGGCGGUGGAUACGGAGGCUCAAGUAGUAGUGGAGGCUCCAAAGGAGGUGGUAGUGGUGGUGGCGGAGGAUAUGGAGGAUCAAGUGGUGGUGGAGAUUUCCAUAUCCAUUAUGAAUAUGGAAAGAGCUAAGGCGAGAGAAGGUGGUGGUAAAGGGUACGGGGAGGAGAUGGAAAGUAGGGAACGAUGUGAAGGGGCAUUUAAUUCUAUUUGCAAUGUUGAGCACCCACUUUACUUGUACGUAAAACUUACGAAUAUAGCAGUAGGUGAGGGCGAAGGUGGAGGCUAUGGGGGAGGUGGUGGAGGCUCUGGAGGAGGUGGAGGCUAUGGGGGAGGUGGUGGAGGCUCUGGUGGAGGUGGAGGCUACGAGGGAGGUGGUGGAGGUGGAGGCUCUGGUGGAGGUGGAGGCUACCAGGGAGGUAGUGGAGGUGGAGGCUCUGGUUCAGGAGGUUAUGGAGGCGGUGGAAGUUCUGGAGGUGGCGGAGGAGGAUACGGAAGCUCAAGUAGUGGAGGAGGCUCCAGAGGAGGUGGUGGUGGCGGAGGAUAUGGAGGAUCAAGUGGUGGUGGUGGAGGAGGUUAUGGAGGCGGCGGAAAUUCUGGAGGAGGUGGGGGCCACGGAGGCAGUGGAGGAGGUGGAGGUUCGUCAGGUGGUUAUGGAAAGUAA